CAAAAAAAUUCAAAUGAAGGACAAAAGAAGCGAUAAAGAAGAUUGUAAGGGACUUUCUAGGCUUGAGACAUUUGUUUGGUUUAGCUUUAAAAAACCAAAGGUUGAGAAUGAAGCUCACACUUCUCUGAAACAUCCCAUAUUGUGAAGCAAUGGCAGAGAAAAUCAGUACAACAAAGAGAUACGCAGUGGUUACAGGGGCAAAUAAAGGACUAGGAUUUGAAAUAUGUAGGCAAUUAGCUUCUAAGGGAAUCCUGGUGCUGUUGACUGCUAGAGAUGAGAAGAAGGGUCUUGAAGCUCUUGAGAAACUCAAAAGUGAUGGCCUCUUUGAUCAUGUGGUGUUCUUUCAGCUUGAUGUUGUGGACCCAUCUAGUAUUGCUUCCCUUGCCGAUUUCAUCAAGUCUAAAUUUGGAAGGCUUGAUAUCUUGGUGAACAAUGCUGGGAUUAGUGGAGUCGUGACGGAUUGGGAUGCUUUAAAGUCAGCAGAUGCUGCUGAUCCUGGAUUGCUUAACAAAUGGAAAGAAGUAAUGACUCAAAACUAUGAGUUGACUGAUGAAUGCUUGCAAACAAACUACUAUGGAGCAAAAAGGAUGAUUGAAGCACUUAUUCCCCUCCUCCAACUCUCAGAUUCACCAAGGAUAGUAAAUGUCUCUUCUGGCAUGGGGAAGUUAAAGAACAUACCCAGUGAAUGGGCUAAAGGAGCGUUGAAUGAUGCCGAAAGCCUUACAGAAGAGAGAAUAGACGAGGUACUAAACAAGUUUCUAAAAGAUUUCAAAGAAGGUUCGUUAGAAUCCAAAGGCUGGCCUACGUUGUUGUCUGCCUAUACAUUGUCGAAAGCGGCUAUGAACGCGUACACAAGAUUUCUGGCCAAAAAGUAUCCCACAUUCCGCAUCAAUUGUGUCUGCCCCGGUUAUGUUAAAACAGAUAUAAACAACAACAACGGCAUACUAAGCACAGAACAAGGUGCUGAAUGUCCUGUGAAGCUAGCCCUACUUCCUGAUGAAGGACCUUCUGGCCUCUUUUUUGUUUGCAAUGAACUGUCAUCUUUUGAGUGAGAACUAUUUAUUUCAAUAUUGUAGACGAAGAUGUAAGUAUAUAGUUAUAUAUAUCCUAUAUGACUUUGUACUCAAAAAAUUCUCAUGUUAUUUAAAUAAGUAAUAUUAUGAACAACUCGAGGCAAUUAAACUA